AUGGCCGUUCGACUCUCGACCUUGGCGCGACCGUGUGCUGCGGCGACAGCAUCGCCGCUGCAUGUCGACUGCGACCUCGGUGCUUUUGCCGGGAAGCGCGUGGCCUUUAGCUCCGCCACGACGUACGAAUUUGCAGUCGCCUACGGCGGCAGUGCAAUCCCGUCCAGCUCUGGGCCGCCCAUUGGCCUCGCACGCCUGCACUCGUCGUUCACAACAACGGAUCUGCGCGAGCUUUGGGAAGACGACGCCGACAACGAAGUGCCCACCAAGACGGUCCGCAAGUUCGAACAUUUGGAACGCAUUGCGCUGCUCAAACGGGCGGGGUGCCACGUCCAGGACAUUGCGGUCUUUUGCUUGGAGGCCAUGGAAGUUCGCAACUCGCGCGCGGCCAGCGUCGACUCGCACCGAAAGCGCAAGCAGCGCGUUGCGUUGUGCCAGACGUUGGCAAAGCGCCGGCGACUAUGCCCAUGGCGUGACGACGAGGCGUCGGACGACGACGACAACGACGACAACGACGAUGAGAGCGAUUGCUGACGCCCACGACGUCCUAGAGUAUUUAUUCAUUAUCAACGACCAUUAUCAACUUUGCUCCACCACCA